ACAGACACUCGCGUAUGUAUCAAAUACCUACCUACAGCGCGCCAUCUCAACCCAGCCAACAGCCAACUAACCCAUCACCACUAUCAAUCAACUACCGAGUACCUACCACCUCCAACACCAACCCAACCACACCGCCCUCGUCAUCCCCUGCACGCGCAGAAGAAAACCAGCCCAUACCCAUACCCACCCGCGCCCAUCCAUCCUCGUGAUAAACCCAGCAAGACCAAGUCGCACCCCCACCCCAAAAGAACCUGUUUCUACCCCCCAAGCCCCUAACCCCAGCCUGCGAGCUGCGACGCGCGCCUUGUUUUUCGCCCUCGCGUUGCCCAGACUACCUACGAGCCGGAAGCGAGGGAAGCGAGGGCACGGCGUCCCGUCCGCGACUCGUGCCGCGCGCUGUGCCUUGUCUUGUGCUGCCAGCUGCAAUUCUUCACCCAAGCUUUGGCUUUGGCUGUCUCCACCCUCUGCUCUGCUCUGCUCUGACAUCUAUUGUACGGUCA